AUGCGUACGAGGAAUCGGGGCCAUCGAACAGAGACGCAGGACGACAACAUGGCCUACUCUGAUGAUGAGUACUCGCAUGAUGGUAAGUCUGGGAAGCAAAAUAUGCCUCCAAAAUCGACUUCAACGAUGAAAUUGAGAAAUAAAUCUGCCGAAAAACUCGUUGCAGAUAAAAAGGACGGAUUGAGUAACUUCGUUAUACAAUACUCUAAGAGAUCUUACUCUUUCAUAUAUCCACCUUCAAAGAAAUUGCAUGAAAUGCCCGAAACAAAAAAUAUUGAUACAGCAGCUAAAACUUCCGUUGAAUCUUCCACAUUUCUAACAAAGAAAUGGUCCGAAAACCUUAAUACUAUGCUUAUUGAUCAGUCAAACUCAGUAAAAUUUGCUUCAAUUUCAAUUUUCAUUGAGAAAUGUCGAUCAAUCUACCACAACUGCCCUCCAUUUCUAAUUAUUACUCAUGUCGAUCAGUUCAGUGAGUGGAUUGAUCAGAUAAAAUACUGGACAAACCAAUCAAUUUACAUUUGUUCUAAUAACAAGAACGAGCGUCAUGAUGUUAAUGACUUAUCACUGUUCUUUGAUCAAGGUCCUGAAGAUCAAUUUGGUGUUAUUCUUAUUAGUUUCAAUCAAUUUCAUACUGACCCUUCUGUUUUACUGAAAUUUAAAUGGGCAUCUGUUAUUUUUGAUGAUCCAGAAGAGGUAAAUGAUAUUUCUGUCUUAGAUUACCACUCAAGAACCCUCGUUCUUACAGAAGAUGAGCACAGAUCAGAUUUCGAACAAGAAUUUCUCUCUGUAGAAAAGGAUUCAGUAUUCCCAGAGUCCGAAAUAUACCAUAUCACGCCUGAAGCAGCAGCUUCCGAUGGUUUAUUCGCUGAAACUUUGGUGAAUUGUCCAAUGAUCCAGAUUCAAAAUGAGAAAUACUUACAAAUAAUACAAGAUAACAAGGAAUUUGUAAGUAAACUAUCAGAAAACAAAGGCGAUGCUCAUGAAAAAACAUGUGGAAUCAUUAAAUUUCUUAGAGAAUGCGGAGAUCAUCCAAGUUUAGUUGAUUCUUCAAUACAUUCUGAGUUGAUUUCGAUGUCUGGAAAGACAAGUAUAUUAUCAAGGCUUCUUUCAUCACAAAAAACAGAUAAAAGAAAAUCAAUUUUAGUUGCAUCAGAUGAGAACUCUAAAAUCAUUGAAACAAUGUUCUCUGAUAACAGAGUUUCAUAUGUUUGUAUCAAUACAGAAGACAGCAAAGCAGAUGUCGAAGAAAAAGUCAAACAAUUCGAAUCAGAAGAUUUUUCACGCGUUCUUCUUAUCAAUCCAGAAAAUAUGAACUAUGCAGUUGCAAAUACUAAGUCACAGACCAUCAUUUCCUACGAUUUGAGCUGGACUCCCGUUGAUUCUGGAUCCGAAAUCAUAUUAUGGAACGCUAAAGUACCAAAUACUCAACAAUACAGACUUGUCACUCAAGAUACUAUUGAGCAGAUCAUGUUUGAGCAUUUCUGGUUCAACAGAUCUCAAAAACCGAAAUCCGUAGAAAAUACCAAACUUUGUUCCUUCGAAUCUGCCUUAGAUGUUCUCAGGAGAGCACUUAUACUUGCUCAUAAGAACCUUGGAGUCGUCAGAUCCCCACACAGAUCAAUUCUUAAAGACAGUAAAACUGUUUUUUACUCUGACCAAACAGCAUUUGAAAUUUCAGAGUAUAAUUGGUCGGACACUUAUUUAGAACCACCUGAGAAACCAUUACCGCCAGAAGAGAAACCUAAAACAGUACGGCCAUUAACACCAGCACAAUAUUGGACACAUGAAAAUUUAUUGGAUUUUUUAACGUAUUUUCCGAAUUUUCCAUGGGGAAAAUGGAGUGUUUACGAGAAACACAACAGACCUGUACCAGAACUUAUCAAACUCUGGGUUGUUUUUGCAAAAUCUUUGUUCAAAAGUUUGCAAAACCAAAAUGAUUUUCCACACGUUCUUUCUCUGAUAAAAGAACAUGGAAAAUUCGACCAAAAGAGAUUUAUCAACUCGUUAAGUUCAUGGGGACAAGUCUUCCCUCUCCUAAACGCUGAAGAAGUUCUGACAGACAUAGAAAAUUGGCCAACAAUUGAAUCAGUUUGUUCGGAUGAUUUUGAUUCAUUUAGUGAAAUUCAAAUUCCGAAAUUUGACUCCGAAAUCCCUGAAAAUGAACUGAAAAAACUGAUUUUCUCUUCGAGCAGAGAUGGUCUCAAGACAAUUCCCGAUGAGAAGAGAGAGUUGUUCAGGCAAACAAUAAGAAAACUCCAAGUUGCAAUCAAAGAAAAAGGAAUUUUGGAAAAACAGAAUUCUAAAAAUUCAAAAAAUUCAAAGAAUUCUUCAAAAAGUCACGUUUCCACUUCACUUUCCAAAGAAAAAGCAAGUGACAUGAAGAAAUUCGAUGUAAGUGACCACAACAAAGUUAUAAACUGCUUGAUGAGUUUCGGACUUCCUGAAAAAAUCGAAGAAUUUAAGGAAGUUGCGGAUUUGUCAGAUUUUUCUGAUGAAAAAGUGACAUAUUAUAUCAAUUCUGUUAUCAGGUACUGCCAAACUAACGAAGACCCAAAGAGCCUUCAAAUCAUCGGCAGAAUCGUUAAAUAUCAUCAGCAAAAAAUACCAAAACGGUUAGAAUUAUUCAAAAAAUUGAGAUCAAUAAAAAGUGACAUCCAAACAUAUUCUGCUGAAGACAUAGAGUUCCUUCAAGCUGUUUCUUCUCACGGCUUCAAUUCUUCAUCAUUGUCACCUGUUUUAAUGUCACUUUUUUCUGGAUCUCCAUCAGAAAUCAAAAUCCAUUCAAAAGUGAAGUCACUUUUAGAGCAAACUCCUGUUAUUGUUGACAAGAAACUUCCAGAGAAUAUAGAGAGUAAAUUGCCACUCAGAUUGAAUGAUAUGCAGAUGCUAAUCAAAUUAGGAAAAAUUGAUGAAAAAAGUGUCAAUGAUUUUUAUGUUUAUCCAGAUGGAUACGAAGUUCAUACGAUCUCUAAACAAUCCAAUGGUGAAAGUGAUGUCUUCUGGAAAUGUACGAUAAAUCUGACAGAAAACGGUUUUAUUUUUACAAUGUCAAAUUUAGAAAAUGACACAAUCAAAUUUGAAGGGAAAUCUCCUGACGAAGUUGCCGAGAAAUACAAGAAGAAGUUGCAGAUGAAAGGUUUGAAGAACAUAACAGUUGAUGGACAUGAACUCUUCGCUUUGAAUUCUCCUUUGCUACACAAAAUUUUCUCCCAAAAUUCAAAAAUUAUUCCUUUGGGUUACAAAAAACGGUUUUUCACUUCAAAUUUGGUUUUAUCGUCUAAAUAUCCAGAAAUCGGAAAGUUCUCUAAAGAAACAGAUAAGAGCCAGAAUGCUCUGGAAAAGCCAAUGACAAAUAUUCCUGUUCCGCCUCAACAAACUCAACAACAUUUCAAGUUUCAGAAGAAAACAUUUGGAAACCUUCAAGCUCCGAUUGUUCUCGAUUUGUCUGAAUUGGAAAAGUCUGACCAACAAAGACUUACAUUGGGCUUCUCAACCAAUGUCAACAGCAACAAGAAAAUUGUUGAUUGCUACUCAAGUUGGAUCGAUUUCAGUGAUUGGUUGCCUUAA